CAAGCCGGUUUCAUUAGAUCAGGGACUUACUUUUUCAUUAGACUUGUCGUACGUAAAGUGUGAUCGUCUGAAGGGCCCUUAACUAGGCGGCUUAAGUUGUUUUUAAGUCACCGGCGAUAUUUUUACUAUCAGUCGCCGCCGUCGUUAAUAUUUGUCGGCGGAGGACUCGGCUUACUACACCACAAUACGUACGUGGAACUUUCUCAAUACAAAAAAGCAGAAAAAAUGAAUAAAAUAUUAAAAUUUAGCUUAAAAAACUAACAAAAUAAUUAUUGUAAACAAUUAAAAUAAGGCCAUACUUAACAACAAUAUAGCAGUUAAAUAAAAUCCCUUAAUAAAUAGCAAAAAAGCAGUCAAGAAAAAAGGGACAAGGCCCUGACGGAAAAAAAUAAAUUGGUGACAAAAUAGAUUUUUUACAACAAAAGAAAAACUAAACUUAUUAGUUUUGUUAGACAAUAGCAGCAGCUGAUAAAAAGCCAAUAAUUUAUAACAAAAAAACAAUAGUUUAUAAUUUGUUAAGCAAACAGGGGAAAGGUCAAAGACAGACCACAAGCAGAUAAGCAGACAUGGCACCAACUAGAAAACCAAGUGAUGGUCUAUUGGCCAGAGUGAAUUUUCCUUUAUAUGCAGUGGAAAUGUUAACUAGUCGACAUGUAUUAGUGGCCGGUGGUGGUGGCGCCAGUAAGACAGGAGUAGCAAAUGGUUUUGAAAUUUAUGAAAUUUACCAUAAUGGCCAACACUUUUGUGCCCAAGAGGUGGUACGUCAUGAAACUGGAGCCAAUGUUGUGAUGAAUUUUGCUGUGCGCAAUGAUGGUAGACGCUCAUUUUUAUGUGCCGGUCAAGAGUCUCAUUGUCAAAUGUAUUUUGUUAAUCCCCGGGUUGUAAGUGAAGAUGGUAAAGAGGAAAUUUCUGUUACACAAGAAGAAAAAUCUCAAAAAUCACCCCUGGAAAUGCACAUCAAUGAAAAUGGUGUAAGACAACGUCGUACCACAGCGUCGGGUGUUGAGGAUAUACCUAAUGGUCAUGCUGCUGCAGGUGGAACAGAGCCUAAGACUACAAACACUCAAGAUCAAAAUGCAAAUCUUAGGCGUAUUUUAAAAUUUGAUAUUAAAGCAGCAGAUUCUAUACAAACAGAUUUCCUAACCGCUGAUCCUUUACAAAGAGUAGUGAGAAUUUCACCUAAUGGUCAUAUAAUGUGUACCGGUGGUACUGAUGGUCAUCUGAGAGUUUGGUCUUUUCCACAAAUGAUUAAAUCCGCUGAUAUAGAAGCUCAUACUAAGGAAAUUGAUGAUAUUGAUAUAAGUCCUGAUUCAAAAUUUAUUGUUACCAUUGCCAAAGAUGGUCAAGGCAUUGUAUGGGAUGUGGCCACUUCAAAAAAGGUCUAUGACUUAAAAUGGGAUACACCAGAGGGUGCUAAAUAUCUAUUUAAACGUUGUCGUUAUGGUACUAUAGAGGCUCAGAGGGAUAAAUAUCGUCUCUUUACUAUAACCAAUCCACUGGGUAAGGUAGGCAAACAGAGAGGUUACUUACAGCAGUGGGAAAGCACAACGGGUAAAAUACGUUUAGCUGUGGCCAUAGACGAAAGUUUAGCCUCGUUGGCGGUAAGAGAUGAUGGUCGUUUUGUGGCCGUUGGUACCAUGUUUACGGGUAGUAUUUCCAUGUAUAUUGGCUUUAGUUUACAGCGUGUUCUACUUAUACCCAAUGCUCACUCAAUGUUUGUGACGGGUUUACAAUUCUUGCCCGUAACCAAUGAGGAAGGACCACCCAUAUCUAGUGAUACCGAAGCUGCAGUUUUAUCUAUAUCCGUAGACAAUAAAGUGUGCAUACACAGUUUGCAACAUAGACACACCAUGCCCGCUUGGUUAGCUAUAAUGCUUAUAGUUUUGGUGCUAUUUGGCGCAUUUACUUUAUGCUCAUAUCUAGGACUUUAGAGUUAAAAAAUAAAACACUAAAUUAACACUAAAUAGAAUCACAACAAACUUUAAACAAAUUAAACGGAAAAAAAUUGUUAUAAAAACAAAGACAGACAGACAGACAGGAGUGCAGUAUAAUUGAUUGAAAAAACAAAACAAUAAUUUAAUAAAUAAUUACAAAAUUACUAG